AUGGUUCUGACACACACGACCGCGCAUACCUACUCUCACCCAUUUCCGACCGUCACCCUCGCCUACUUCCUCCGCUAUUCGUCCCCCAAGCUCAAUCCCUUCGCUGCACAUGUCCUGAGCACCGACACAAUCUCCAGCCAUGUCGACCCCGAGACGCAACGGCUGCACACGACCAGAAUCCAUCUGAAGAAGAGUCGUAUGCCUGGUGCGGUGUACAAGCUGCUCCCAGCUAGUGUGACAGGCGGCGGCAGUGCCGACAAGGCAUCAUAUAUCCUCGAGACGAGCGUCGUCGACAUCAAAGAGGGAUGGAUGCAGACCGAAAGCCGCAAUCUCAACUUCACAGGUGUCCUCUCCGUCAUUGAGCAGCAAAAUUUCAAGCUGCCCGCCGAGAAGGUGUCGAGCGAAACAGAUGUCACAACGUCCGUCAUCUUCCGGUCAAGGCUAGGCGAGAAGCUUCGUGGAAAGUUUGGCCAGGCCCAACAGGAGGGCGGUCUGCUGUCCGGCUUCAUCGGCGGCUGGGGCACCAAGGGCAUCCAACGAAGCAUCGAGAGCCUGGCCUCGACCAAGACGCUCGAUCAGUUGGGCAAGAGUCGUGACGGCAUGCGUCUUGUCCUUGAACGAAUUCGCAACAACGGUGUCAUUGGAGUUUUGGAGACUUUGCGACGGGAACGUCAGCGACAAGUAUUGGACGUUUGA